ACAGAUCGAUAUGACGCCGCUGCGCGCUGCCCGACGAGCCUGGCUGCUGCUGGCGCUGCUGGGGCUGGCAGCUGCCGCUGAGAACAGCCGCGAGGGGGUGUUCGUCGGGUACAAGGAGGCUGGGGUGGAGGGCGCGGGCGGCGAUGUCGGCGCCACCGAGGGCGGCGACGCAGCAGGCGACCUUGGCACAGCGGCUGGCGGCGAUGGCGAUGGCAGCUUGCACGAGGCGACGGACAAUGCAGGCGAUGGCGGUGCUGCUGCUGCCGACGGAUCAGCAGCGGACCAGGCAGCCGACAGCGGUGCAGCGGCAGGACAGGGCAGCGACCAAGCCGCGGCCCAGGGCGGCGACGAGGCGGUGGCUGCCGACCUCGCUGCAGCGGCGGAGCAGGUUGGCCGAACUGUGCUGCUGCACACGCAGUUUGGGCCAAUCAAAGUGAAGCUACUGGAGAAGCUGGCGCCACGCACGACGGCACUGGUGUGGGAGCUGGCUCAGAAGCGCGGCUGCCGCAUCUGCGCCUUUUACAGGAAUGAGGCGCGGCCCCGCGGCGGCGAUGGCCCGCCAUAUGCGCUGCUGCAGGGGCGGCUCGACAUGCCCCAGGUGGCGCCGCGUGAGGGUAACAUCGAGGUGAAGAUGGGCCACGUGUGCUUCAUCCCCGACACCAAAGACUUCUUCAUUGCUUAUGGCAACCAUCCGGAGUGGGGCACCAGCCACACCGUGUGGGGCCUGGUGGACGAGUGGUUUGCCACAGACUUCAUCAUCUCGCAGCAGUUCCAGGAGACGACGCACCCCGAGUUUGGCACCGUGAUGCGCAUGCUGAAGGAGGAGGUCACCGUCAAGAUUGCCACCCAGGAAGACACUUUUUACAGCGGGCUGCUGGGCCCCAUGCACUAUGAUGAGCCGCCGCUGUGACCUUCCUCCGCCACAAAUCUGCAUUCCAUCCACAGCCACUGGCAUCGUCAUCGCCACCACUGGCUGCGAUUUUACUUGUGUAUGGUCUUAUGUUAUACUUACUGUAC